UAUUUAAGAAUCUCCUCUUUCCUUCAUACAUAUUCCUCCGGCCCGCCUCAACUCGCUGGCGACUCGGUCUUCACAAAUUCUUUUGAAUUUGUUAUCUUUUGAACUCAAAAUCUGAGUUUCGAGUUCUGGAAGUUGGAAGAGCGAUGGGAUCGGAGCUGAUAUACAGGGGCCACGAGUCUCAGCCUGUUUCGGACUCGUAUUCGCCAAAACCCAUUAAACCAUGGGUUUCCGUCAUCCAUCCAAUUCGUUACAUGCUACGGGAGCAACGCCUUGUCUUCGUCCUCGUCGGCAUUGCUAUUGCCACUCUGGUUUUCACUGUCUUCCCAACCUCACGUGCUCCCCACGUUCCUCACCACCACUUUGUCGACCCGAUCCCUGAUUCCAUCUCCUACUUCCCCGUCGAAACCCAGAGCAAGUUCUCCCACUCGCACCGACUCGGUUUCCGGUCUUCCAACCCGGCGGGUAAGAUUCCGUUGGGGCUAAAACGGAAAGGUUUGAGAAUUGUCGUGACGGGUGGAGCCGGGUUCGUCGGCUCUCACCUCGUCGACCGGUUGAUAGAAAGAAGAGACAGUGUGAUCGUCGUCGAUAACUUCUUCACCGGAAGAAAAGAAAACGUCAUGCACCAUUUUGGUAACCCGAACUUCGAGCUCAUCCGACACGACGUCGUGGAGCCUCUGCUGCUGGAAGUUGACCAGAUCUACCAUCUCGCUUGCCCCGCGUCUCCAGUUCAUUACAAAUUCAACCCAGUCAAAACUAUCAAGACAAAUGUGGUGGGGACAUUGAACAUGUUAGGACUGGCGAAAAGAGUAGGUGCGAGGUUCUUGUUAACCAGUACCAGUGAAGUCUACGGCGACCCUCUUCAGCAUCCUCAAAAGGAAACUUAUUGGGGCAACGUUAAUCCAAUUGGUGUCCGAAGUUGUUAUGAUGAGGGAAAACGAACUGCUGAAACACUGACAAUGGACUAUCACAGAGGAGCUGGAGUUGAGGUUAGGAUUGCCAGAAUUUUCAAUACUUAUGGGCCUCGUAUGUGCAUCGAUGACGGUCGUGUUGUUAGCAACUUUGUUGCUCAGGCUUUAAGGAAGGAGCCUUUGACUGUGUACGGCGAUGGGAAGCAGACAAGGAGUUUCCAAUAUGUUUCUGAUCUGGUAGAGGGGCUCAUGCGGUUGAUGGAAGGAGAACAUGUUGGACCUUUUAAUAUCGGAAAUCCGGGUGAAUUCACCAUGCUCGAGCUUGCCGAGGUUGUUCAAGAAACUAUAGAUCCAAAUGCAAAGAUAGAGUUUAGACCCAACACCGAAGAUGAUCCACACAAGAGGAAACCCGAUAUCUCAAGAGCCAAAGAGCUACUUGGCUGGGAACCCAAGGUCUCUCUCCAAAAGGGUCUCCCUCUAAUGGUUUCGAAUUUCCGGGAACGUAUCUUCGGCAAUCACAAGGAGGGAAGCAAUACCAACAACAAUGAAUCAUCAUCUUAGUGUGGCGAUGCCAUGCAUAUAUACAUAUAAUUUUGGAGGUUUCACUUUUUGACAUGCGUUUGCCAUCCUUGUGAACUUUGCAAAUCUAAUCAAUAACAUUUAACCCUAUUUUUAUAAAUGCAAUAGCUUGUGUUUGCA